UAAUUGAGAUUUUCCAGCUACAAAAAAGCAAGAGAGAAAGAGAAGGAAUUUAAUAUUUAAUUAAACCGUAAUCACAUACGCGCGAAAUGUAUCAGUGGCAUGUGACGCGAGCGAUUAAAUGAUAUUUAUUUCAACGGAAAAUAGGUUAUGCUCCGUGCAUCGACGAUUAAAGCGACGGAUCUCCGCUGCAAGUCGCGCGAUAUUUCGUAGCGUUUUCCAGAUUUUCCUUCGGAUAAGAAUCAAUGGCUCGAUCAUCCGUGUCGGCGCAAUGCGACUUGGUUUCGUCUUACAUGGACGGAGUUCAUGUCAAAAUCGCAGAAGCCUACAAACCACCGAGGAAGAUUGGUCUACCCGUGGCGUAUAAUAAUAGAUUACCGGAUGUAUCAAAGUUAAUGUACGACUUUAAUUUGGAGAAAUCGGUACUUGAAAAGAUGUGCGAAUGGCGCAAGGCUAGACAGGCUUAUAGCAAGGCACGUCAAACUCGGCUGAAAGAAAAGAAGAAGAAGGAGAAAGAGGAGACUCCUUCAUCGCCUCCGCCACUGGAUUGCGUGAAGCAUUUACCUAUCAAUGCGUCACCUGCUCCAGAAGCGGCAAUACUCAUGCCGCAGCCGCUGUCACCUCCAGCAAAUGACUUUCAAGAUCAUGUAAAAACCAACGGAGGUUUGGACUUCGCUGACUUUGAUAAUGAUACGAGCAGUCCUUUUGAUAAUAUGGAAUUGAAAACUAUUAAUGACAUGGAAGAAUUGGCACAGGUUUUACAACCUAGGUCACAAUGGAUACCUGCAGGAAAACUCGAGAACAUUAUAAAUGAACUAACUAUUGAUGAUACAUCUGAGAUUUGUAAGGAGGAAGAAACUGAUACAGAGAGUCAAGUAGAUGACAAAGCUGACACGGACACACAUAGCAUCGAAAAUCACCGUAGCGUUUCAAUAAUAAUGCAGGAGCUUCAAAAGGAAUUAGAACGGCCUGUUAUGGAGAAUUGGAAGCCGUGGCCUGAUUUGGAAAGUCCAGACAGUGACGAGCAUGUAGUUCCGAAGCACGAUAACUCAAUGUCAUCGAAUCACGCAAAACCGCUAACAGACUUGUUAUCAGGCAUGGCGGAGGAUGAUCUACAGUUGAUUAUGCAAUUAAGCGACAUGGGAUUUCCCAAAUGCAGAGCGGCACGUGCAGUACUGAAAUUAGGUCGAGUGCACGAAAAAAAGAUCGUGGAGUACCUAUUGGCCGUCCAAUCCUUAGAAGAGACUGGCGUUCCUAGUGACUAUGCCGAAACAGCGUUAACGCUCGCACAGCACGAUCAAUCCAAAGCGAAGAUCUACUACGAGAAUUUAUGCACGUUGAAGGAUCUAGGAUUUCCCGAAGACAAAGCUUCCGCGGCAUUAGUAAAGUGUAACUUUGAUCGUGACAAGGCGUUAGAUCUUCUGAUCGCUUGAAUAGACGAUUGACUCGCCAUCUAGGAAAGAAUGUAGAAUAUUUUUUGUUGUGACUCAACUUUAAUGCGAAAAAAACAUAACGAAUCAGAAUUUUUAUAUAACGCAUGAUCCAUCAAGUCAUAAUC